CCCCACUCAGGAGCAGCCCCACUCCAGCCUGAGGAGAUCUCACUGCUUCACCAAGAUGAGCAAGACCUCCCAGACCCAGGAAUCUCUCUCUGACCUUGAGAAGGCCAUGAAUGUCAUCAUUGAUGUCUUCCACCUGUAUUCAAGAAGGGAGGGGGACAUGGACACCCUGACCAAGAAGGAGCUGAAGCUCUUGAUUGAGAAGCAGCUCGUGAACUACCUGAAGAACGUGAAGAACAAGGCCACCAUUGAUGAAAUCAUGAAGGACCUGGACAUCAACAAGGAUGCUCAGAUCAGCUUCUGUGAGGUGAUGCUGCUGAUCACCCGGGUGACCAUUGCCACCCAUGAACACCUCCAUGAUAUUGAAGACCACCAGCACAAACACCAUCACCAUCACCAGCAGCAGCAGCACCACUGAGCCAGACUGCAGCCCCUGGCCAAAGGCACCCACAAAAUACUCACAGCCCCUGGUUUCUCCCCUCCACCCCUCUCCCCACCUCCCUCCUUCCAUCCUUCGUGGUUUUGCUGCCAAAUAAAGCUUUGCCCUGAGGCUGCUCAAGAUC